GGCCUCCCAGAGUGCUAAGAUUACAGGUGUGAGCUACCGCCCCCGGCCAGAAGGUUAAGUCUUGAAGGCUGGAAAUUAAAUUGUCAGGUUGACAUGGGGAGGAGAAUUGGUGUGCAUUUUAAACAGAGGUCACAGCAUAAGCAAAGAUACAGGCAGAAAAUUACUGGGCAUAUUUGAAGAAGAGCAAAUUGUCUAGUUUGGUGGAAGUGAAGGGUCUGUAGAGGGGAUCAGAGGGAGAUAAGGCUGGAGAGAUAAGUAUGAGUGAGAUUGUGAGUUGAAUGCCAAUUUAAGGAAUAUGGAUUUAAUUUGGUGACAGUGAGGAGCCAUUGAAGAUUUAAGGAGUAAACUGAUAUGAUCAGUUUUAGAAAGAUCUGACUGCAGUGUGAAGGAUGGAUUGGAGGCAAGGUGACAGCAAGGAGGUUAUUACCAUAAUCCAAGUGAGAAAUGGUGGCCUGGACCAGAGCAUAGAUGGGUGAAAUGGAACGGAAUGGAUUUGGGAAAUUCAGUAGACAAAGUCUGAUUGGUCUUGGUGGCUGAUUGGAUGUGGGGUGGGAGGUGAGAGGUAGAAGCCUAGGAUGACAGGCAGGGCUGCAGUUGGUUCUGUUUAGUACAAUAGCUCCUAAUACCCAGGUCUAUCCAACUCGCCAAAUAGGCAUUCUCUCUCUCUCCCACACCUGCCAUCUACCACUAUCUCCACACCUUUAUUCAGGCUCUUCCUGAUGUUUGGGAUGUACAAUGAUGCUCCUUCGUUUCAAUCCAUCUUUUCAUAUAUAGCUCAAUUUAAUUUUUUCUGGCAAGUCCUCUGUUAAGCUAGACCCAACCUACUUUUCCUUCUAUAUCCUCCCCCAGCACUGAUGUGAGCCAUUCAGUGGAAAGAGUGGGAAGCAGGUGGUUUCUUAAGGAUCAGGCAAAAGGCUCAUGCUGAGUUUGUGUCCUAAGUAUAGUGCUCAGUGCACGGGCACUGAUGUGGGGAAAAACGACCUUUGUAAACGGAGAUGGGGGUAGGGUGCCGAGACUUCCGUGCCAGGCAGUGCACAGAGUUUCUAUACCCAGCCUGGCACUCACGAUUGGCAACAUCAUGAAUUAUCCUUCUGUUGGUAGAUGAACAAACCAGCCAAUUGUGUGUUCGUCACCAGGAAUGCCCAUCCCUCCUUAGACGACCUAAAUCAUACUCAUGCAAACUUUUCAGGCCUUGCCCUCUCCUAAAUUUUUCAGGAAGCUUCCAAGGUGACUCUACCCUUCAGAUCCCUUUUCCUGUAAAUUACGUAGGUGACAAUCAGAGUCACACAGGUCACUGGAACAUAUGGUAUCUUCCAUUCUUCAAUCUGGCAUUAUAUAGGGGGUAAAAGGACAAACACGCAACCGCUUCUCUACCUUUUUAACCGAACUCCCCGCUAACACUUUGUCCCAGUUCUCAGAUGGACACCAGCCAGAGGAGCUCGGGGAAGAUCAGAGGCCCCUGGGGCCUCACACCACUUGCAACGAGGCCAGUCAUACACCUCGCCCUAGAAACGCACGAGGGAUAAACCAACCUGGAAGGGGUACACCUCGAAGCCAAAAGGACACAGUGUGUCCUCAAUCUUCUGCUUCAGCUCUGCGACUCGCGGCUCCAUAGCGCACGCUGCACGCUGAGCUUGCUGGGGAAUGGAGUCUCAAAGAUAACAGGACCGUUACGUUUAGCUGACACUUGGACUCCAUUUCCCAGAAAGUACUGGGACCAGGAGCGGGACAUCGCUGGCCCUGCGCGAUGCAUCUUGGGGCGCGUAGUUCGUUUGGCCCUCGGAGCCAAUCACAGAGAUUCAGUAGGACUCGGUUUCCCGGCAGGCUUCACGGUGAGGGUGUGGAUGCACGUGUCGCUCCAGGGAAACGCAGUUCAGCUGCCUCCAUCGCCGGUUGUCUGCGCGAGAGGCCUACUCAGUUUCCCAGGUGGCCCUGCGGCAGCCAGCCCGAUGUCAGAUUUUCCCCACCUACCCAAAGAUUUGAACCCAGCGGCGGCAGUUGUCGCUGGCACAGGUUUGGCAUGAUGGCACCAGUGUCCUGGAUCUGGGGUGGUCUCGACCAAGGUUCGGCACCUUCAACUCCCACCUGAUAUCUGCGUAUCAUCAGGGUAUACCGCUUUUCCCCCAGUUCUCCAAGAGCGCCGCUCCCUUCCCUAGUCGCAGAGUCGCAAUUUUGGUCUGAUACUGCAUUCCCUAGUCCUAGUAUUGCAUCCCCAUUUCCCUCUUUCGAUCUAACGUUGUGGCCUUUUCUGGGCUGUACCUCGGGGUAUCCCCUGCUGGGAGAGCAAGGACACAAGACGCCACGGACCCAGACCCCUGCCACAGGACAUGAGUAGUAGCGUGAGCUGGUCUGAGCAGCUUGAUGCACUUCUCAAUGCUACCGAUGGAAAUGUGGCUCGGAUUAAGCAGCGACUGUAUCCUCUUGGGGUCUCCACGGCAACAGGGGAGCUGCCUGGGACCUGGAUUUCCUCUCAUGACUUGCCUCCCCAGUUAGGAGACCAAGCUCAACAGCCUUGGGCUCUAGAGACUCCCACAGUCCCAGAGCGGCUGAGCUGGCCUGAGGCCUACAGUCUUUCCCAUCUCCGGGAUAAAGUUACUAUUCUCCAAUCCCAGCUUCGAUUUCAGGCUCAGGUGACUGAGGCACUAAGGCAGGCUGUACAAGGCUUGCUGGAAGAGCGAGAACAGCAGAAGUACCAGAUCAGUGCCCUGGAAGCAUCACUAAGGUUGCUGCAGGGGGGCCCAGAGGGGAGGGCUCUUCUGGAGCAACGCCUGGAGGAGCUGAGAAGGGACCUUCAGGGCCUUUGGAGCCAGGUGCAGGAGCAGGCCCAAGUCCAAGCCCAAAUGCAAACAGGACCAUUAAACUGCAGCACUACCAGUGGGCUUCAUCAGGAGCUGCAGACAGAGCGGCAAAAGCUGUGGGAGGAGUCAGAGAUUCUGCGGAAGGAACUGAAGUUGCUGCGGGACCAGCUGAACCGGCACCAGGAGCUGCUGCUGAAACAGAUCUCUGAGGGGCGGCAGACUCAGGCCUGUAGCUGGAAGGCCAUGAGAAACUGUCAUUGGCCACAUGAAGGUUCCAAGUGUGCUGAAGAGGACAAUUAUGGGGAGGGGAGAGGGAGAGCUUUGGUCCUAUCUGAGCCUGUGGUCUGGCAGAUGUUGAAGCAGCUGCAAAGUGGCCAGGAAGGCAAAGGUCACACCCUGGAAGCUGCCAGGACAGAGGCCCAGGAUGCCUGGCAGGAACAUGACCUCCUCAGCUCUGAAGUCAGUCUUCUGGACAGUAACAGUAGCUGGGAACUUUUAUGGAAGCUAGGCAGGGGUCUCCAGAGGAGCACCCUUUCUAACUUGGAGCCCAGAAGCUUUCACCUCCACUCCCAGAGUCUUGAGCAAGAGACUUUCCUUCACAGCCCCAAGAUGCUCCUGAGUGACCUAUAAGGACUUAUAAAGAGUAGUCGGAUGAAGGCUUCAUUGCCCACCCUCCCCUCCAAGGCCCUUUCUCUAGGCCACCUGCUCCUCCCCUCUUGAUCUAGCUGUUAUCUGUCUUCUCUACUGAGGCUUUUCACUGCCUGCCCAUCCCUGUCCCCCAACUGCAAUAAAAUAGUUUAACCUUC